AACUACGAUUUUACUGACCGUCACACCCAAACUUCCGCCCCCCUCCACCGCUCACCCACCCACCCCCCCUUCAACCUCCCUCUCGUCCCUUAUUCAUCUCAUCCCACCACCACUCACCACCUCUGAAAUCCGAGAAGUCUCUCCCCCUUCGACCAUACCCUUCUCCUUCUUCUCUCAUUCUCACUGGCCGUCCGAUAUCUUCUGCUCUGCCGGUUGUCACGAGAGUUGAAAACCCCUCAUCAUACAUCUUCCCCGCCCCUUUUUUCGGUAACGAGACCCACGCCUUUUAACGAUCAGCCACGAGCCACGCAUCCAAGAACGACUGUGACAUUAUCUUGAAAAGGUCACGAAAUAUUGUUUUCUUACGAAAAAGAAAAGGCAUCCAUUAUCGUUUGGCCCGUUAUUAUUUUGUUUUUAUAUCAGCAUAUUCCGUUUAUAUUUUUAUAUUCGAGUUUUUUUUUUUUUGGUUCACGAAUUUUUUCUUGUACUCGAAACGAUAAAAAAAGACUUGUAACGGCAGUUCAACGACUACGAUACCCAGCAAGAUUUUACACUCUUAAUACGCUUAUUCGUCAGACAAGGAGGUUCACCCUACUUGCUAAGGAAAAGUAUAAUCAAAACGGCAGGAUUCAAGGCCUUUCAGCAUCUCGAAAGCACGGCUUGUGAUUAUUGGAUUCUUUCUACCUUACGGCUACGAACAGGUAUUCCGGUCUUCAUUCGAACAACCUCAUACUGGUGCAUUCUGCAACUCGUUCUUGAAUCCAUUAGACUUGGCAAAUACUCAGUGUUUUCAGAAUAUCAUGUCUACCCACCACGAUUAUUACGACACCAUAGGUUCCUCGCGUUCGCCCAGUGGCCAACAUCAACCUCAGCAACAACACCAGACCUUACACCGGGUCUCGUCCCGGCACUUUGAAACAUUUGCAUCUCAGAGCGGUCUUUACACCGCGGAGGACCAUGCUGCGAGGUUCGAUACCAAUCGCUAUGGCAGUGCUCGUUUAGAUACUAGCAUGUCCGGGGGAUACGGAUAUGAAGCCUCGGGCGCACAAACAUGGAAUCCGAGUAGCUUCGGAGGACCUGGCGCUUUGGCUGCAAUGGGAGGCGCUUCCGGAAGAAUUAAGACCCCUUCCAGACAAAGGAGUGCUUUACCGGCGAUGUGGACCGAACCAGCUCCUUCUCUACCUACGGUUUCGCCACUCUCUGCUAUGGGAAAUGUUUUAUUGGGACCUUCCCCCAUGCGUACCGAGACAGUUGGUUCGGACCCUGAAGAGGAACUGAUACCUACUGCUAUAGUGAUCAAAAACAUUCCCUUCGCUAUCAAGAAGGAGCAGUUGGUCCAGUUAAUGACGGAACUCGGCUUGCCACUACCAUAUGCGUUCAACUAUCAUUUUGACAAUGGUGUUUUCAGGGGACUCGCUUUUGCCAAUUUCACUACUGCUGAGGAGACUGCAGCGGUUAUCGAUACAUUGAACCACUACGAGCUCCAGGGCCGGAAAUUGCGAGUAGAGUAUAAGAAGAUGUUGCCCUUGGCUGAGAGGGAGCGUAUCGAGAGGGAAAAGAGAGAAAGAAGAGGUCAGUUGGAAGAGCAACAUCGCCCUGUGCAAAUGCCUCUUUCUCAGCCCAAUAUUCCUCUUUCGACUUCUCCAUCUCCAAGUGCUACUCGAUCAAAGCCAGACGUCGAUUUGAACGACCCCCAGACUCUACAGUUUUACUCACAACUUUUACUGUUCCGUGAUGACGUGUCUCGCGAGGCCCUCAUAUUCCCUGCUACACUUUCACCCCAACAACGUCGCAUUGUCCAUACUCUUGCGCACCACAUGGCCUUGGCACAUGUGUCUCGAGGGAAUGGAGAUCAGCGUCAAGUUCACGUGUUUAGGGCUCCGAUUUCUACAACCCCUAGCAUCAGCCCUCCUUCCAUUCCGACGACUGUGCAUCCAGUUGAGUCUCAACGGCGAGUUCUAACAAGGGCCACGACGAUGGACUUUAGUGAUGCCCGUUCAGAGGGUGCCGGCAUUUACUCGACAAUGGGAAGACAGGCGCAUGCUCUGCUUGACAUCCCGAACUCACCAUCUGGCCGAGCCGACGCCCUGCACAGUCGCCAGAAUUUGCGCGCUGCAAAAUCGUUUGCUGACUUGAGGUCGUACACACCAUCCCCUGUACCGUCAUCUGCGAGCUACCCUGCAGCUCUGGGGGGAAAUAUUUCUCGAUACACUGAUAAUUAUGGGAGCGUCACCUCGACUACUCCUAGUCUGACACCAACCGCAACUGGUACUACCGUAGAGCGUCAGCAGCGAGAACGGGAAAGGGAGAGUAAUGAACGAGAGAACAUGAGCAUUUCUACUACGGGCGGAGGAAGUAAUGUUGUGCCUACUAGACAGCCACGGGGACCGGAUUCUGAGAGGGCGCCUGGUUUUGCGUCAAGGAGGGGUCAGCAUCAUCGUGCGUCUGGUGGGGAACUUGAUGUUCAGUCUGGCGUUGAGAUUGUUGUUGAAUAGAGUAUUUUUAUUUAUUUAUUUUUCCCUUGAUUUUUAUCCUAUUUCAUUUUGUUUCCUUUUUUAUCUUUGACUCCAAUAACUCUUUGAAAUUACUGGAAUUAUUAUUAUUUAUUCAAUUCCCUCAUUAAAAUUCUACCCCUUCUCUCUCCCUUGAUUUACCCAAAGGACAAUUCCAUAACGUUGGGUAUGAGUCAUUGAUUUCUAUUGCAUGUGGUGUUGUCUUUUAGUUGUUUUGGACUGUGGAUGUGGAGGAGGGGAGGAGGCUAGAGGAGAUGAGCAAUCCAAAAAAUUGCAAAAAUUUCCCAACUGCAUGUUUUUGAAAGUAACAAGUUUUCACAAGGGGUUUUAAUGGGAGGGAGUGGACAGGACGGGAUUGUUUUACAGUAGUCAAGAAUGGUUAAACGCGAGCUGGUGUAUUUUUGCUAUUUUUUUGUUCGUCUUCUUUCAUAUCAUAGCUCUGUCAUUAUUGUAAGUUUUGGCUCGAGAUAGUAAUAGCUUCACAAAUAAUCACUCGGGCUGUUUUUUUUUGCGUCUUCUAAAUUAGGUUCACGCCGGCCUGAUGGAUCUGUUAGUUU